AUGGUAUGGUUCUUCUUUAGUUGUGAUGAAUAUAACGAAGAAAUAUUGAAAACGAAUUCGGGUUAUUGGAAAGAAACUGUAUCCAACACACCAAUCAUUGGCAAGUGGAUAACUAGUAAUGGUGUUAAAAUUGGUGAGAAACAAGUUUUGGUUUUCCAAUCGUAUGAAAACAUCAAUGGAUCCAAAUCCGAUUGGGUAAUGCACGUGUAUCAACCAACGUUUUUGCCUCCUAAUCAGGUAAUAUUCCGAAUUUAUGAUGUUUAA